AUGGCUGCCCAUCAUGAUAGCUCGGUGCCGAGCGAUGAUGGCACCCAUUGCGCUUUUUUCUAUGGCACACUGAUGGUUCCCCAAGUCUUUUACUCAGUCUGCUACGGAUCGCAGGAAGUCCCAAAGGAGAUCGCGGCUCUGCACACCUUCAACGCAGCUAUUCUUCCCGGUUAUCGGCGACACCGCGUCAAGUAUGCAGACUAUCCGGGAAUCACUGAGGAAGAGGGCGGCGAGGUCUUUGGAUCGUUUGUGACGGGACUCACCAAGGCGAAUAUGGAGAAGCUGGACUACUUUGAGGGUGGCCAGUAUGAACGCCGCAAGGUAACAGUGAAGGUCCUCAAGGAUGUUGGUAUCGCAGAGGGCGCCAGUGGCUCUCAGGGGUACCACGAAGAAAAGACGGCUGAGGUCUAUGUCUUCCUACACAAGGAUGACCUUGAGCCUGUUGAGUGGGACCUAGAAGAGUUUCGCAGGGAGAAGUUGAGAUAUUGGACUCGAGCAGGCCACGAUUGGGGAGAUUACGACCCAGCAAAAGUGGCCGAGUAA